AUGGCUGUACGUACUCUGUUGGUAUAUUAUUUACGGAAUUUCGGAAUCUCUACCAAUACAACAGUGCUGCAACGUCAAUUUUGCCCGCCCUCAUAUAUGCUCUUCCACAAUUUAUGUCACCAUUCUUGUGUCCUAUUACGGAUGUUGUUGGAUACUCUACGUCUGCGGCAUGGGGAGCCCUUUUUCUUUACGUCGUUCGCGAAGUCCAUGGAAUUGACGUACUUUUCCUUCGGUCUGGUCACGGCUAUUGGACUACAGUUGACAUAUACCGCCGCAUUUAUGGCCGUCGUCUCAACUUUUAAGGACAGCAAAUACUUUGGAAUUGCAUGUGGCAUAAUGGUGUCAGGUGGCGGCAUUGGUGCAUUUGCGACUAAUCAUAUGAUCGCGUGGAUACUCUCCCAGUGGACACUGCGGGAAGCACUAGUAAUUCAAGCGGCUUUCCUACUUCACGCCUGGUUUUCCGCCGCCCUCUUUUACUGGGUCGACGAAUCUGCCAUUAUUGAGGAACAAUUUCGA